CCGACAUAUUACAGAAAACACCCUUCUGCUUUUCGAAUUUACGGUUUAUGCCACCACCGUACCAAAUUAGAAAAGUUUCGUAAAAGGCAAGAUGUUGAAGACAAACACAGAACAAGCAAAAGGCUCAAAAAGAAGAAAGACGAACCAAAGAGAAACAAAAGGAAUUCAGAAGGAAAACAAGGCAGAGAGAAGUUGCGCAGAAGGAAAACAAAAAAAAAAACUCCUUUGAAUCGCUCUCGUUCCUGGAUCGAUUUUGGAAGCCGAGAUUCGAUUUGGAGUUUCUCAAAUCUGCAGAAGUGUCUGAGUGUUCGAUUCGAUUUCGUCUCAAGCUUGUUGUUGGAUUGAGAAAGGGUUUUAUGCUUGAAGCUGGGAUUCCGUAAUGGAAUUCGUGUAAACUAGUUCCACCUAGCAGAGUUAUGCUAAGUUGGUGAAGAACAGAGUCACUAGAGAGAGAGAGAGAGAAAUGGAGGAGGUAGGUCCUCAAGUCGCUGGUCCGGUUUCAAUUCACCAUCCGAUAGGAAGAAAACGCGAUCUUUAUCACCAGCCGCACUGGCUGGUGCCAUCUCAGCCGCAGCUGAGGAAGAAUGAUGACUGGAAUCCCGAGAUGUGGGAAUGGGACAGCCAGAGAUUUGAAGCUAAACCAGUAGGCGCGGAGGCUCGAAAUGGCGUCAAUUUGAGGACUAACAACGGCGGUUUGAGUUACGAGGGGAGAGAAAGAGGCCUUGAUUUGAAUCUGAGCAGUGGUUUUAACGCUGUUGAAGAGACGCCGGUCGUAACCAGACCCAGCAAGAGGGUCAGGUCGGGAUCUCCGGGAAAUGGCGGAGGAAACUACCCCAAGUGUCAGGUGGAUAAUUGUAAGGAAGAUCUUUCGCUUGCUAAGGAUUAUCACAGAAGACAUAAAGUGUGUGAGGUUCAUAGCAAAGCUACCAAAGCUCUUGUUGGGAAACAGAUGCAGAGGUUUUGCCAACAGUGUAGCAGGUUUCAUCUUCUCUCUGAGUUUGAUGAGGGAAAGAGAAGCUGUAGGCGUAGAUUGGCUGGCCAUAACAGGCGAAGGAGAAAAACUCAGCCCGAGGAGAUUACUUCUCGGGAUGUAGCUCCGGGGAACUGUGAUAAUACUUCUAGUCACACUAAUAUGGAUAUUAUGGCUUUGUUAACAGCUUUAGCUUGUGCACAAGGUAGGAACGGGGAUAAACCUAGUGGGUCUACGGCAGUACCACAAAGAGAGCAACUUCUUCAGAUACUUAACAAGAUCAGUGCGUUACCUUUGCCUAUGGAUCUUGUCUCAAAGUUGAACAACAUUGGAGUUUUAGCAAGGAAAAACCUGGACCAGCCUUCAGGGAUGAACCCACAAAAUGAUAUGAAUGGGGCAUCUUCUCCAUCUACCAUGGACUUACUUGCUGUUCUCUCCACGACUUUAGGCUCAUCAGCUCCCGAGGCAAUAGCUCUGUUAUCUCAAGGAGGGUUUGGUAACAAAAAGAGCGGUGAUAAGACGAAGUUAACUUCUUCUGACCAUGCCACUGCAACCAAUUUAGAAAAGAGAACUUUAGAGUUUCCUUCUUUUGGGGGAGGAGAGAGAACCAGUAGCAGUAACCCGUCUGCUUCUCAGGAUUCAGAGUCACGUGCUCAGGACACUAGAUCUAGCUUAUCUCUACAACUAUUCACCUCUUCACCAGAAGAUGAGAGUCGGCCAACGGUUGCAUCUUCAGGAAAAUAUUAUUCCUCUGCUAGUAGUAACCCAGUUGAGGAUAGAUCGCCAUCAUCAUCUCCGGUCAUGCAGGAGUUGUUCCCGUUGCAGACAUCUCCUGAAACCAUGAGAUCUAACAAUUGCAGAAACACUAGUCCCGGUCCUAGGACUAGUUGUUUGCCCCUAGAGCUCUUUGGCGCAUCAAACAGAGGAGCUGCUGCAGAUCCUAAUUUCAAAGUUUUCAGGCAUCAAUCUGGUUAUGCUUCGUCUGGUUCGGAUUAUUCUCCUCCCAGCUUAAACUCUGAUGCUCAGGACCGCACAGGAAAGAUAGUUUUCAAACUACUUGGAAAAGAUCCUAGUCAGCUCCCUGGGACAUUGCGAACUGAGAUUUAUACCUGGCUUUCUAGCAUUCCAUCAGAAAUGGAGAGUUAUAUCAGGCCUGGCUGCGUUAUUCUUUCUGUCUAUGUGGCAAUGUCAGCUUCGGCAUGGGAACAAUUCGAGGAAAACUUGCUGCAUCGGGUUAGUUCUUUGGUUCGAGAUUCAGAUUUUUGGGGCAAUACAAGAUUUUUGGUCAACACAGGCAGACAGCUAGUGUCAUACAAACACGGAAGAAUUCGUCUGAGCAAAUCGUGGAGAACUUUGAGUUCACCAGAGCUGGUCUCGGUGUCGCCUUUGGCUGUUGUAGCCGGCGAAGAAACAACUUUGGUAUUACGGGGUAGAAGCUUGACUAAUGACGGAAUCAGUUAUCGCUGCGCGCAUAUGGGUAACUACGCAUCGUUGGAGGUAACUGGAACAGAACAUAGGAGAACCAAAUUUGAUGAGAUGAACGUAAAUAAUUUUAAAGUCCAAAGUGCAAUCCCUGGUUCUCUAGGACGCUGUUUCGUUGAGGUGGAGAAUGGAUUUAGAAGCGAGAGUUUUCCGUUGAUAAUUGCCAAUGCCACGAUUUGCAAAGAGUUGAAUCGCCUUGAAGACGAGUUCCAUCCAAAAUACGUGACAGAGGAACAAACAAACAACUCAGAUCGUCCAAGAUCAAGAGAAGAAGUUCUUCGCUUCUUGAACGAGCUCGGUUGGCUAUUUCAGAGGAAACGGACUUUCUACAUGAAUAGAGAAUCAGACUUUUCCCUCCCCCGCUUCAAAUUUUUGCUCGUAUGCUCAGUUGAAAGAGAUUACUGCUCUCUCAUAAGAACACUCCUCGAUAUGAUGGUAGAGAGAAAUUUGGGAAAUGAUGGUCUGCUGAAGAAGGAGUCAUUAGAUAUGCUGGCCGAGAUUCAGCUAUUGAACCGCGCUGUCAAAAGGAGAAACACAAAAAUGGCUGAAACUCUGAUUCACUAUUCCGCUAAUCCCACUACUAAAAACUUCAUCUUCUCGCCUAAUAUCGCUGGACCUGGCGAUAUCACACCUUUGCAUUUGGCUGCUUCUACAUCUGGUUCUGAUGAAAUGAUCGAUGUCCUGACUAACGAUCCACGAGGGAUUGGCUUGUCGUGCUGGAAUACUCUAAUCGAUGCAAGCGGUCAGACUCCAUUUAGCUAUGCAGCAAUGAGGAACAACCACAGUUACAACAACUUGGUGGCUCGUAAGAUUGCAGAUAAGAGAAACGGUCAGAUAUCUCUGAACAUCGAGAACGGGAUCGAUCAGAUUGGUGUGAGUAAGAGACUAAGCUCAGAGCUCAAGAGAUCUUGCAACACAUGUGCAAGUGUCUCUCUCAAGUAUCAGAGGAAGGUUUCGGGUUCUCAUCGUUUCUUUCCAACUCCAAUCAUCCACUCGAUGCUUGCGGUUGCAACGGUCUGCGUUUGCGUUUGCGUGUUUAUGCAUGCUUUCCCAAUCGUGAGACAAGGCUCCCACUUCAGCUGGGGAGGUCUUGAAUAUGGCUCAAUCUAAAAAGUACAAAAAGGUUUGUAUCAUCAAGUGUUUGUUUGUUCUUUGGGGUUUCGCAAAAUAAGAGAAAAAGUGGUGAAGGAAAGUGAGAACAAGAGGAGGCAAAGUGAGAAAACCCAAAGGCCUGUGUGGAUUUUGGACAUUGCAGAGAGUACAGAGAAGAAACUGUUUCGGCUCAGAGCAGACGGAUUCAACACCUGAAGGUUUUAUAUAUUUUAUUCUUGAAUCUGUUAAUUAUUCUCUUAAGAUUAAUUACACUUUUAGUUGUUUUUUAUUUCUCUUACCACACAGAAGCCGCGGCUAUUUACUGAAUCUGUUUUCUUUGGGGGGCUUAUUGUAUCUGUAGAGCUGUGUUAGUUACUUAACAGUUGAAGAUUGUUGUAAUUGUAAUGUAAUAUCUUUUUUUUUAAUGCGUACUACAAAUAGUAUUAUUCUCUCUUUAAACGUUUUGUUCGGCUAUUGCCUAUU